UCAAAUAUUUCCAAAACGACGCCGUGUAAUCUGAUACAAAACCGAUCUUUACUAAACCCUAGGGGUAGAUAACACUCUCAGCCUCCCCGCAUCGCUUCUCUCUUUUUCAUCACACUUUUACCCCAGAGUGCAGAUCAUCUCCCUGUGAUCAAAUCCAAUGGCUCCAAAGAAGGACAAGGCUCCCCCACCAUCGUCCAAGCCUGCGAAAUCCGGUGGCGGAAAGCAGAAGAAGAAGAAGUGGAGCAAGGGAAAGCAAAAGGAGAAAGUGAACAACAUGGUGUUGUUUGAUCAAGCAACUUAUGAUAAGCUUCUUUCUGAGGCCCCCAAGUACAAGCUUAUCACUCCUUCCAUUCUCUCUGAUCGUUUAAGGAUCAAUGGAUCACUUGCAAGGAAAGCAAUUAGAGAGCUUAUGGCAAGAGGUUCGAUUAGAAUGGUGUCUGCCCAUGCAAGCCAGCAGAUCUACACCAGGGCAACAAACACUUAGGUCUUUCAAUAUAUUUGCUUAAAAGUUUUCAUGUAGUGGUUUCUGGGGUUUGAUUGUUAUUGUUUUUUAAUCUGCCAAUCUGUUUAAGAGUUUAUAAACUACAAUUCUUGACCUUAAGUUGAUGUUUUUUGUUUAAUGAGUACCUUUUGAAAAAGUUUCUCGGUACAAGCUA